CGACGGAAAAAAAGAAGAAGUGGAAGAAGACGAGGAAAAAAAAGAAAACAGUUCGGACGAACGUCCCUAUUCCCGAGCCCUCCCAUGCUCCUCGUCCCACCAGCCCACCAGCCCACCACCCGCUUCGGCGCGCCCCGCGCCCCGCGCCCCCCGCUACAGCCCAUAUCGCCGCCCGCCGCCAAGCUCGCGCCCUCGGUGCGAGACCGCGAGUCCGCUCCCUCGCGCGGGCCCCGCCAUUCAAUAAGGUAUCUGGGUAUAUCGCGCUCUCUGAUCCCUCUCGGCACCCGCGGCCUCCCAGCGUCAUGCUCACGCUCACACCACGCACACCGGAGCUCGCGUGCCCGGCUGCACCGCUGCUCUGUUCGCCGCCAUAUUUGCCCCGUUGCCUACAAUAGUUAUCCGCCCCGCCUUGCCUCGCCCCGCCACUCGCUCCCCGCCCCAACAAGCCCUCAUGCUCCGGCUCAACGAACAAACAUCGUACUCCGUACAGUUCCUAGUAUCCGUACCCGGCAGCCCUAUCUGUCUACCCAUACCCUUUCCUACAAUCCGACAUACAGACAACAAUCCAUAUGCCCUCCCUCACCCUCACCUUCCCAUCAGCACACCCAAGUACACCCCAACCACAACGAGCAACCCUCUCCAAAAACGCAAGCGAAUCCAUAACCGCACGCCCACGCACCAACCAAGCACACAAUCCGGACGCCGGAGCCACAGCACCCAAGCACAGCACGCAGCACAUUCACCGGCGGCGUCGUGCUUGUGUAUUUUGC